GCCUGACUGUGUCACUCCUUCACAGCCGCUGCUCCGGUCUGGAGACACACCGCACAGAGGAGAGAUGUCCCGUAUCACGCUGCUGUCCUUGUCCGUGGCUUUACUGGCACUGAGCGGAGCGAUGGUCCUCCCAGAAGAACCGGACGAGCCCGCGCUGAGUCUCAACGACAUGUUCCGAGAGGUGGAGGAGCUAAUGGAGGACACGCAGCACAUCCUGGAGGAGGCCGUGGACCAGAUAACCACCGAAAGUGCUAAAUCCAAUUCUUUGGAUUUCCAUCUCAGUCGUCAUAAUGGCACCAGUGACAGAUCUGUCCUGGACAGGACCAUUAAGAAAACCAAUAAUCAGACUGGAGAGACACGCCUCUCACACAUCCACAUGGAGGUCACAGGCCCUUGGAAGAGUACUGACCAUGAAUGCAUGGUGGAUGAGGAUUGCGGCGAGCUGAAAUACUGCCUGUAUGAGAUAGAGAACUCGAAAUGUCUGCCAUGCAUACCGACAGAUAUGCCCUGCACUAAAGACGAGGAGUGCUGUAAUGAUCAGAUGUGUGUGUGGGGCCAGUGCACUGUGAAUGCUACAAGUGGAGAGGAGGGAACCAUCUGCCAGGACCAAAGAGACUGCAAACGAGAUCUAUGCUGUGCCUUCCAGAGAGAGUUGCUGUUCCCUGUGUGUAACCCCAGACCAGAAAGGGGAGAGUCCUGUAUGAACCAGCCCAACCUCUUCAUGGACAUGCUGGCCUGGGACAGGGAGGGGCCUCGGGAUCACUGCCCAUGUGCCCACAACCUGGAGUGCCAGCCUCAAGGGCGUGGUGCAGUUUGUGGAGACUGAGACCCAAGAUGAAGGCGUCGCCAAUGUAGUGUUUUAAACAAACUGUUGGGCUCCAUCAUCUUAAAGGUGCAUUGUGUAAUUUUUCUGUUGGGGGUCCGUCCCCUGCUUGUUUCUAUGGAUAUGUCAUUGCUCUGCCUAGAAUGUUCCACAGUAUGACAUUAAACAGCUCUACCUUGCAUUUAUUCAACAGAUGGUAUUAUAACUUAAUACCUAGAAAAACUGUCAUUCUGACUUAUGUUAUUAGGUUAUUUUUUCAGACCUAGAGUUUUGUGUCAUACCUGACAGUUUCGACUACUCACUAGCGAUCUUCCUCAGAGUGGCCACGUGAUGUUGCUAUGACGUGUCUGGUCAGCUGAUUUAACAGGUUUUGGCGCUGUCUUCCUACCGGUGGAGGCAGGACAACAGCCGACAGUCGAAACUGUCAGGUAUGAAACAAAACUCUAGGUUUAAAAAAAGAACCUAAUAACUUAAAAUAUCAGAAGACCAAAUGAAUCUCAUUGGACUGUCAUUCUGACUGUUAGUGGGGUUGCCUCUCCACAGAUCUGACCUGUAACUUAGCGUGGUUUAGCUCCAAAGAUGAUGGAAAUGUUUAAUAACAUCCUGUGAAACAUUCCAGACAAAAUCAAUAAUGUCUCCAUGGAGAAAAGCAUUUGAUGGACCCUCCACUAGAAAAGUCAUACAGUGCACUUUUAAGUACUGAUGCUACACUUGCACUAUAUUAUUUAUGCCUUACAUUAUGUAUUAAAUCGGUAAUAAAGUUUGUGGUUUUGUCAAUAAAGUCUACUGUGUUUGCAAAUCAUAACUGUACUAUGCAGCUCCACUGGUGUUUCCUGGGAAUAAACACAAGGGGGCGUACUUUUUCCUCUUUUCUGUGUGGUUAUGGGAAAAGUUUCUAGCAACAGUUUCUCAGCAUCACUGUUAUAAAAAAUUAAGUUCGUAUUGUAUUUUUCUUGGAUAAAUGUAUAGGUGAAAAUAGGCAUUGAUGAACUAUAAAAAAUAAUAAAGGUGAACCAAGUGCAUUAAA